AUCGACUGCGUUAUCCAUAGGAGUUACCUACGGCUAACCAACGGAGCGCGUGCGAGACGCGCUUGAUUAUACAGGAUCGUGGUGUGUGUGGUAUCGAUGAAUGAAUCCUGUUGCGCAGACCGGCGACUUCAUCGUAAGGUAGUCGAUAAGCAAUCCGAGUGAACGCGCGGUUCGCACGUACUCGCGACAGGACGGGCCAAAAUUUACGAAGCAUUCGCUGUCGCACUCUCAGCCGAGUCGCGCUCCAUUCGUCUAAUUCAUCUAAUCAUCGCGCAUCAUGAUAUACGAUCGCGAACGGAGCUACAAAUUUGGGCGUGAGCGCUCUUCUGUCAACUGUACGUCGUGAAAGCACGUUGUGAUAGAGAGCAGUUUUUUUUUUUUUUUUUAUUUUUUUUUUUAUUUUUGACAGCUCUCGAGCGAUCGAAUCUCGAGGGAACGAGGCGUGGUAUAAAUCAAGUGUGUGUGAUCCUGUGUGUGAACUUUGUGUGGCAUCAAAGGCGGUGGUGGGCGUGUGUGGGGAUGAACUGCACGGGAAGUGUAAAGUGAAAUAAAGGAGGUGGUGGAGGAAGAGUUGUGGCGGUGGUGGAGGGGGAGGAGGGGGAGGUGGAUUGGGGCGCUUCCUGUGUCUCGGUUGCCCGAUCUAAAAAAGUUCCGCAGGUAGAAUCGCGCCUGUGAUCGAAUGCCUUUUCGAUGUGACGAAAAUGAUGAAGUUUGGGAGAGAGCGGUGGGCUUUGAGUGAAGGCUUUGAUACCUCGAAUCAUGACAGAGGCGUCGGACGAGUAAUGGUAACUAUCUGGUGAGGGUCCGCGCCCAGGUAAUGACGAGAGAUGAUAGUUCGGGUGGUUGGGUUCCUUUGAGUGGUGGUGGCUUGGCAAAUGUCUCGGUUAGACGUAGGAUUACUUCAUCAGGAAUACAUCAAACCAACAAUACCAAUGGAAAUAGUAUUUCUACUACAACCAACUCCGCACACCCUGUUUCUAAUGCGUCUGUUGGCCUUCAAAGUCAUGGAUCAUCUAAUAUCUCUCCGCCUGGUGCAAAUAAAAGAAAGCACGAGUAUCUUAUUUAUGGCAAACGCAUUACCGAUCAAUCGGUUGUCCUUAGUUGUAUAAUUAAAAAAGAUUUUGAAUAUAAUAAAGUGAUGCCCACUUUUCACCACUGGCGAACAGGAGAAAAAAAGUUUGGAUUGACAUUUCAAACAGCUGCCGAUGCAAGAGCAUUUGACAAAGGAGUUCGAACAGCAGUUGAAGAAUUGUUAGAAGAUUGUGCAAAUGGUCUGUCUGAUUUAACAUUAACCACCAAUGCUCCAGAUGCUGGGGACGAAGAUGUUUUUAUGACUUUGAAUUUGCCAGUGGAACCACCUGAGCCACGUUCCUCUUCAGACACACCUCAUGGAAUAAUUCGAGUACCAAAUUAUUCUCAAUAUUCAGAGCUUCCCGAUUCACAUCGAUCUAUCCAUCACAUUGGUGGAUCUUCCAUUAAGGGCCCACCAUCGCAACAUCCCUUGGCAUCCGUCGCAGAUAUUGGAUCGGAUAACUAUCCUUAUGUGCAACUCACAACGCUUAACCACGAAUAUUUAUAUCCCAUUAUCGACGAUCACAAAAGUGAAAGAUUAGACGGACAUAAUACUUCCAAUAGCGGAAGUUCUCUGAAGAAGCCAGAUAUUAUAAUAUCCCAACCUUCAAAAAAUACUAUGAAACGUAAUGUACGUUUACGUUGCAAGCAUUGUCAAGAGCUGUAUUCAGAACAGCAUAAUCCGAAAGGUUCCUGCGAAUACGCUCCUGAUCCAAUUAGACGUGCAAUCGCGAAAGUUUCUUGUUUAUCGUGUGCCCAAUGUAUGUUAUAUCAUUGCAUGAGUGACGCUGAAGGUGAUUUUGCACAAAAUCCUUGUAGUUGUAGUACAGAAGAGGGAUGCGGACGCAGAUGGUUUGGUUUAGCCUUGUUGUCACUGAUCGUUCCUUGCUUGUGGAUAUAUCCUCCACUUAGAGCUAUACAUUGGUGCGGAAUGUCCUGUGGAAUGUGCGGCGGGCGUCACCACCCUAUGGAAUAACUGGAGGAACCCUUUGAUGUCUCUGCUUCGUACUCAAUUGGAUCAAACAACUUUUCUGCAUCGUGCAAUGCAGUCGCCAAUGUGUAUGAAUGUCAUGAUCUAAGUAUGGGUCGUUGUCAGAGAUAUCAAAGGGGUAGACAGCUUCCAGUACAUGCACUUAUUCAUCAGCGUCAUCUUUAAAAUAAAAUACAGUCAAAGUGGAAAUACCCAAUUUAGCACAAGAUGUCGCAUAUAGCUCCAACAUAAUGUAUAUUCCGUACGUUUUGUAUAUUUUAUUAGUGCAAAAUACGUUAUUUAGUCUCUCCUGUACAUUAAACAAUUUGAGGUAAACUAAUAUUUACAGUUUGAAUGAUUAAUCUAUGGAAAGCACAUCAAAUGGACUCAGACCAACUAUUUGUGAUACAUGGUGCACAUUAUGAGAGUGUAACUUCUGUGAGUCGAUACCAAAAUUAAUUCUGUUCUCAGUUUGAUUAAUUUUCAUACACACAAUAUUUAAUAAAGAAAUAAAUAAGAUAACUAUAAAUAAGUUUUGCUGGAAUUAGCAGAGUGUAGAAUAUCAAGAUGUAUCCUAUGAUUGUUGGAUCUGAUUCAUCCAACAACUUAACUUGCCGAGCCAAUCUUUGUUUAUUUUCAUUCUUUAUAACAUAUCGUAGGAUUAAAAAAUAAAAAACUUUUGCUUAUACAAGUUUCCUUUAAUAGUAUGAAUAAUAAUUGACAAAUCUGACAACAUGUGUAUAUUUA